GGGGGUGGGGUGGUGGGGAGGGGAAGUUACUUUUUAAAAAAUUUUGUCGCUCAGUGCGUGAGGUGAAGUGGGGGUGAGAGACAUCGUCUGGUUUUUCAAUUCUCCUGGCGGCGGCGGGUGGUGGGGACCGGGGCACACGCCACCCUCCUCCCCCCGGAGCCGGCCGGCCGGCCAAGCAGGGGAAAUGGCCCAGGCCCGCUCCGCCGCAUCGCCCUGACAUGGCGCUGGGGCCCGAGGAUGAGGAGCAGGAGAGCGGCGGACAGUCCAAGGCCAAGGUAAAGCCGAAAGCACCAAUGUCCUCAGCACCGAAGGUGCCCUCCAGCAAGGGAGCGAGCGGGGCGCGGCGCAGGAGAACCCGCUGCCGGAAGUGCGAUGCCUGCCAGAAGAGCGAGUGCGGGGAGUGCCACUUCUGCAAGGACAUGAAGAAGUUUGGGGGUCCCGGCCGCAUGAAGCAGUCCUGCCUUCUGCGGCAGUGCACGGCACCGGUGCUCCCUCAUACAGCCGUCUGCCUAAUGUGUUGGGAAGCAGGCAAAGAGGAUUCAGUGGAAGGAGAGUCCGAGAAGUUUAAUCUGUCCCUGAUGGAGUGCACCAUUUGUAAUGAGAUUGUCCACCCGGGCUGUCUGAAGGUUUAUGAUGUCGAGGGCAUCAUCAACGAUGAGAUUCCCAACUGCUGGGAAUGUCCCAAGUGUCGGAAGGAAGGCAGGUCGAGCAAGGACGGGAAGGACCAGACGGAGGCCGGAGGGAAGAGACGUUCUGAUGGUGAGGAGGGCCCCCGCUGGAAGCUUGAGGAGGGUAGCAGGCAUCGAGCGGAUGAGUAUCUGGCCCCCAACCACAGGAAAGGGGAAGAGGGUCACAAGAGGAAAAAGGAGAGGGAUGGGCCAGUGGAAGCUGGGCCCCGGAAGAAGAAACAGAAGAUGGUCCGUGGGCCGGAGGAUGGCACCCUUGCCAGUGAGCGCACCCCCCAGCGCGAGAAGCUGGAGCAUUUCAAGCGCAUGUGCCAGAUGCUGGAGCGGGUGAGCCAGGCCCGCAGCUCCAGCUCCAGCUCCAGCUCUGGCUCCGACUCCGACUCUGACUCCCAGGACUCAGAGGAAGGGAGGGGUGGUGAGGAGGAGGAAGACGAGGAGGAGGAGGAAGAGGAGAGCAGCGACGGAGGAGGCAGGCUUGGCUCCAAUGGGAGGGAACGCGGGACCACGGCAGCUGCCCUGGGCUUCAGUGCCAGUGAGGAGGAUGACGAAGAGGAGGAGGAGGCGGAGGAGGAGGAGGGUCGUGGGGAGGAGGCAGACCCACCCCGCAACGGCAGGGCCCGGCUGAGGGAGCAGCCACAGGGGAAGGAGGGACAGCCAGGAUCCCGUCGAGAACGAACGAGGCAGGGUCCAGGUCAGGGGCAGGGUGUGGCCCAGGGGUCAGGGCGCCUCAAGCCCCCUCGCCCCCAGGCGCCGGCACCCCGCAGUCCGUUCCUGAGCCGGCCACCCAUCUCCUCGCCUCCCAGGCCCCUGCAGAUGGAGAGGCAUGUGGUGAAGCCUCCCCCUGACAGUCCGGAGCCAGACUCCCUGCCCCUGGACUCAGGGACCGACCAUGUACUCCAGCGUCACGCCUGGCUUGCCGUCUUUCGCUACCUGAGCCAGCGAGACCUCUGCGUCUGCAUGAGGGUUUGCCGGACCCUCAACCGGUGGUGCUGCGACAAGCAGCUGUGGACCAGAAUUGACCUGAGCCGGCAGAAGUCGAUUACGCCAGCCAUGCUGAGUGGCAUUAUCCGGCGGCAGCCUGCCCUGCUGGACCUCAGCUGGGCCUGCAUCUCCAGUAAGCAGCUAAUGUGGCUCCUCAACCGGCUGCAAGGGCUGAGGGAACUGAUCCUGUCGGGCUGCUCGUGGUCCUCUGUGUCGGCCCUCUGCACUGCCAGCUGUUCAUCCCUGCGACUGCUCGACCUGCGCUGGGUGCAGGAUGUCAAGGACUCCCAGCUCCGCGAGCUGCUCUCCCCUCCAGCUGACAGCAGGCCAGGACAGCUGGAGGGCCGGGGACGACUGCCGAACGUGAUGGAGUUGCGCCUGUCAGGUCUGGAGGUGACAGACACCUCGCUGCGUCUGCUGGCCCGGACCUUGCCCCGUCUACGGCGCCUUGACCUCAGCCAGUGUGGUCAGGUGGGGGACCAGUCCAUCAAUCUGCUAACCGCCGUCACCUGUCCACUGCGUGAGAGCCUGAGGGAGCUCAACUUGUCUGGCUGCCCUCGGCUCACAGACCACUGCCUGCCCCUGUUCCGGCGCUGCCCUAACCUCUGCCGCAUUGACCUGCGUUCCUGCAGACAAGUGACGGUGGAGGCGUGCCAGCGCUUCGCCGAAGACUCGGCCCCCCCUGCCUCCUUCCGCUGCGCCGAGGACAAACUCAUCCUCCGCAACAGCUAACGGCGGCUGCUGAGGAGGGGGUAGGCAGGGAGCGCUGAGCCCCCGGGAUAGGGGCUGAGGGCUUCACCAGGAGAGAGCAAACCGGGCCCCAGAGUGAUUCACCAGGAGAGAGAGAGAGAGGAUCCAGGACCCCUGGAAGAUUCGCCUGGAGAGAGAGAGAGAGAGAGAGGAUCUUACCCCUGUAGAGAUUCGCCAGGGGAGAGAGGGUCUGGGAUCCCGGGGAGGUUCACCUGGAGAAGGAUGUGAUCCAGGACCCCGGGAAUGCUCGCUGAAAGAGAGAGAGGACCAAGGUUAUCAGAGACAUUUACCAGGAGAGAGGCAAGAUCUGGACCCCGGACGCUGGGUGAGAGACUGGAUCCGGACCCCAGCGAAAUCGCCCGGGAAGAGACAGGAUCUGGAAUCUGAGUCAUUUACCGGGAGGGAGAUGGGGUCCAGAUUUCGGAAAGAUUCACCAGAAGAUGGAAGCAAUCUCCAGUGCAUGGCAGGUUCAUCAGGAGAAAGACAGGCCCCUUCGUCCUGGAAAGAUUCCUCGGGAAAUGGCACAGCAGAAAGAUUCAUCCAGAGAGGCAUGGGACCUCUGGGCCCCGGAAAGAUUGAUUGGGAAAGAGACAGCUUCACCAGGAAAGAGAGAGAGAGAUGAGACAGCGUACAGUUUCACCAGAAGAAACUCCAGUUUUAAAGACAAUAUUCUCGCCGCAGAGACUGCGAUCCCUACGCUCCAUCCCUACUUUUCCCUCUGAUCUUCCGCAUUUUGCCAGUUUCCUUCCUUGUGUUUUUUUUUAUUUUGACCGAAAAAUUUCGUGGAGACCACUUUGUAAAAAAAUAUGAAAACCAGGAUCGUUACACUUGUUGGAACAAAAGACUCUUGGUCAGAGCUGGGAAUGGGGAGGGGGUUGGGGGGAUGAGAAUAAAUACAACUGCAAUAAAAUGUUCAGGGUUUUCCCCUCCUGCGCAAUGUUCUGUGACCCAUAGGUCCUGUUGGAUUAUGUGAGUGGAGGGGAGCUAUGGAGGAGGGAUGGCGAGGGUAAGUGGGGUCUGUUGCAUCAGCUGGGCUGUUGUCAACUGGACGGGCAAAGAGAUCUGUGUGCCAUAAAUCCCAGGGGUGAUCUAUAAAAGCUAGCAGAAUUAGUGAGGAGCACCCAUCCCUACACUCAAACUCAUCCUCACGCCCCCUGAGAAUGUUGUUAUGGUCUGUGCUGCCCUCCCAUUCCCGGGGAGCUGACACUCUGAUCCGGUCCGUGCUGCCCUCCCGUCCCCAGGGAGCUGACACUCUGAUCCGGUCCGUGCUGCCCUCCCGUCCCCGGGGAGCUGACACUCCGAUCCGGUCCAUGUUGCCCUCCCGUCUCCGGGGAGCUGACACUCCGAUCCGGUCCGUGCUGCCCUCCCAUCCCCGGGGAGCUGACACUCCGAUCCGGUCCGUGCUGCCCUCUCGUCCCCGGGGAGCUGACACUCCAAUCCGGUCCGUGCUGCCCUCCCGUCCCCGGGGAGCUGACACUCCGAUCCGGUCCGUGCUGCCCUCCCGUCUCUGGGGAGCUGACACUUCGAUCCGGUCCGUGCUGCCCUCCCGUCCCUGGGGAGCUGACACUCCGAUCCGGUCCGUGCUGCCCUCCUGUCCCCGGGGAGCUGACACUCCGAUCCGGUCCGUGCUGCCCUCCAGUCCCCGGGGAGCUGACACUCCAAUCCGGUCCGUGCUGCCCUCCCAUCUAGUCCCUCUAACCCAACCCUUCUUCCCUUUUCAGCUUCCUUUGCUCCAGGAAAAAAAUACUUGUCAGUCCAGUUUCUUGUAACUAAAUCCCUCCAGUCUCGGCAACAUCCCCGUGAAUCUUUUCUGCACCCUCUCCAGCUUAAUCAUACCUUUCUUAUAGCUGGGCAAUCAGAACUGAACACAAUAUGUACCUCCAAAUGCAGUCUCACCAGUGUCUUGUACUGCUGUAAGGUGACAUGCUAGUUUAAUAAAGAGAAAAGUGUCUUGAUGGCACAGGGGCAUGAAAGCAAGAUACGGGAGACUCCAGCUGGAAUCUAGAGCAAAUUCAAAGGUCAGGCAGCAUCUAUGGUCAGGAAAAGUAAAUCAUUUUGAGAGAGGGAGAAUCAGGAUUGAUGGGGAAAACAGGAAGGUGGCCAAAAGGUACAGGGUGAAGGUGUGUUACUCUGCCUGCAGGUCAGUAACUAAUGAUAGUUUAUUAUUGUCACUAAGCAGUGGUGAGUUAACUAAACUGGUAAUUAAGUGUUCAGCUAAUCUAUUUUGCCUGCACGUUCUCUCCUACCCAGCCCUCCCUUCCCCUCCCAUUUCUACCCUUCACACGUGUGCACUUGGGAUUGAUUAACCCACUUGCCCCAGUGUGGUCUCAUGGAGAAGUCUAUAUUCCUGCUUUCCUCACACACCAUGUGCCUUUGUAAGGGCUUCUUGAACACCACUAUCAUGUUUGCACGCACCACCACACUUGGCAAAGCAUUCCAGGCACCCACUGAUCUGGGUUUUUUAAAGUUGCCUCACAUAUGUAUCUUUGAAUUUACCCCCUCUCACCUUAAAUGCACAUCCCUUAGUAUUGGGCAUUUUUAUCAGAACUCCCAAAAUAUUUGAAGAACUGGCAGUUUCUAUAGAGUCCUUAUAACACCAUAAGACAGGAGCAGAAUUAGGCUAUUUGGCCCAUCGUCUGCUCCACCAUUCAAUCAUGACUGAUCUUUUCUUCCCCUCCUCAGCUCUACUCCCUGGCUUUCUCCUUGUAACCUUUGAUGCCAUGGUCAAUCAAGAAUCUAUUAAUCUCUGUUAAAUACAACCAGCGACCUGGCCUCCACCGUUGCCUUUAGUAACAAAUUCAUCACCAUCUGGCUGAAGAAAUUUCUCCACAUCUGUUUUAGUGUACACCUCUAUCCUGAGGCUGUGCCUUCUGUCCUAGACUCCCCCACCAUGGGAAACAUCCUUUCCACAUCUACUCUGUCUAGGCCUUUCAACAUAUGAAAGGUUUCAAUGAGAUCCUUCUAAAUUCCAGCAAGUACAGGCCCAGAGUCAAAUGUUACUCAUAUGAUAACACUUUAAUUCCCAGGAUCAUCCUUGUGAACCCUCUACAAAACCAGCACAUCUUUUCUUAGAUAAGGAGCCCAAAACUGUUCGUAGUACUCAAGGUGAGGCCUCACCAGUGCCUUAAAAAGCCUCAGCAUCUCAUCCCUGCUCUUGCAUUCUAGACCUCUUGAAAUGAAUUCUAACAUUGCAUUUGCUUUCAUCACCACCGACUCAACUUGCAAAUUAACCUUUAGAGUGUUCUACACAAGGACUCCCAAGUCCCUCUGCAUCUCGGGUAUUUGGAUUUUCUCCCCAUUUAGAAAAUAGUCUGUACACUUAUUUCUUCUACCAAAAGUGCAUGACCAUGCAUUUUCCAACAUUGUAUUUCAUUUCCCACUUUCUUGCCCGUUCUCCUAACCUGUCUUAAGUCCUCCUUCAGCCAACCUGUUUCCUCAACACUACCAAUCUUUGUAUCAUCUGCAAACUUGGCAAUCUAUGACAUCAUCUAAAUUAUUGACAUACAUAAAAAGAAGCAGUCCCAACACAGACUCUUGCAGAUCACGUAGUCACUGGCAGCCAAUCAGAAAAGGAUAUUUUUAUUCCCACUCAUCUCUAACCAUGCCUGUAACUUUCCUAUAAUACCAUGGGCUCUUAACUUGGUAAGCAGCCUCAUGUGUGACUCUUUGUCAAAGGUCUUCUGAGAGUCCAAAUAUACAACUACUGCAUCCCCUUUAUCUAUCCUACUUGUAAUCUCAAAGAAUUCCAACAGGUUCGUCUGGCAAGAUUUUCCCUUGAGGAAAUCACGCUGACUUUGUCCUCUCUUGUGUCACCAAGUACUCCAUAACCUCAUUCUGAAUGAUUGACUCCAACAUCUUUCCAAUCUGUGAGGUCAGGCUAACUGAUCUAUAAUUUCCUUUCUGCUGCCUCCUUCCUUUCUUAAAGAGCAGAGUGACAUUUGUGGUUGUGUAGUUGUCCAGAAACUUGCCAGAGUCCAAAAUUUUUGAGAGGUUACUAAUAUCUCCACAAUCUCUACCACUGCUUCUUUUAGAACCCUCGGGUACAGUUCAUCUGGUCUGUGUGACUUAUGCACCUUUAUGUCUCAGCUUUUUGAGCACCUUCCUCUUGUAAUAGUAACUGCACUCACUUCUCUUCCUUCAACGGAAGUUAGAGAAAUUAAUGUUCAUACCAAGUUGGAGGCUAUCCAGUCAGAGUGACGUGUUGCUCUUCCAACCCGAAUUUUGCCUCAUUUUUACAUUAGAGUGGGCUAUGGACAGACAUGUUGAAUAGGAAGUGGAUUUGAAAUAGCUAGCCACUAGGAGAACCAUCCUUUUGUGGCAGAUGGAGUGAGAAUGCUUCCCAAUCUGCAUCAGGGUUUGCAUCUAGCAAUUUGAACCUUAAGGCACUGUGCAGGAACUAGAGCUAAAAGGAUUAAUUUUUAGCUUUAUUUGUCACAAGUAUAUUGCAUCAUCAAAAUACACAAUGAAGUGUGUUAUUUGCGCCAACAAUCAGCACGGUCCAAAGAUGUGUUGGGGGCAGCUUGCAAGUGUUGCCGUGCUUCCGGCACCAGCAUCUUAGCCAUAUCUUUGGAAUGUGGGAGGGAGUCGGAGCACCCGAAGGAAGACAACUGGGAGAACAGAAAGCUCUUCGCAGUCGGCGGUGGGCAUUGAACACUGGUGCUGUAAAGUUUUUCAAUAACUGCUCCUCUGCUGUGCUGAGACCUAAUUGCAAUAUAUAUGGAUGAAAAAUGAAGGUGGGCUGGUUUGUAAGUUUAUGGAUGAGAGAACAACUAAUAGGAAGGUUAUCAAAAGGACCUGACUAGAAAUUUGCAGGAGUUUCUGGUGGCAUACCAAACCUCCUCCCGCUCCUGAUGAAGUAGGGCCAUUGUCGUGCCUUCUUCAUGAUCACUUCAACACGUUGGGCCCAGGAUAGAUUCUCGGAGAUGUUGCUGCCCAGGAACUUGCAGCUGCUGACCCUUCAAUGAGGACUGGAGUGUGUACCCUCCACUUCCCUUUACUGAACUUUGCAAUCAGUUCCUCGGUUUUUGCUAAUGCUAAGUGCCAGGUGAUUGUUGUGACACAACUUAAACAGCCCAUCUCACACACCUCCUCAUCAUCAUCUGAAAUACCAACAACAGGUAUGUCAUUUGCAAAAUUAUGGAUGGUAUUUGAGCUGUGCCAAGCUAUACAAUCUACAGCCAUAUUGGAAGAGCUAGUACAGACCAGGUGGAGCGAGCGUAUAGUUGUAUUUUUCUCCUCACUCUACCCACCCCCCCGAAACAAUUUACAGAAAUCUGGAAACAUGCUGGUGGGGGAGGUGCUGGCAUUAGAGGCACUCACCACCCUGAAGGGGCUCUUUUUAGGCAAUACCAAAGAUAGCUGGUUGAAUUUGAUAUCCCAUUUCCACACCGAUAUGUCUGUCCGUGGCCUCUACUGCCACGAUGAUACCAAACCCACAUUGGAGGAGCAAGUUCUGGGUAGCCUCCAACUUGGUGGCCUGAACUGAAAUUUCUCCAACUUCCAGCAAUUUCCUCCUCUCCCACCACACCCCCCUCUCUGCCCUUAUUUUUUCCAUUCCUUCUUCAGACAACAAGGAGACAUACUAAGGCAAGACUAAUGGGCUGGUUGAGUGAUGUUGAAAGAACAACUGCACUUUUAGCAAGACCAAGGAACUAAUUUCAGAAUACAGAAAGGGGAAGUUGGGAGAGCACACACCAAUUCCCAUUGAGGAAUCUUUGGCGGAAAGGGUGAGCAGCCUCAGGUUCCUGGUCAUCAACAUCUCAGACGAUCUACACUGGACUGAUUACAUUUAUCCAAUCACAAUAAAGGAUGCUAGUGGCUUUA